UCAUGGGGAGUUAACAUCACGGAGCUCAUAUUAAAAAGUCUUUUUUUUGUGAACUCGUGAUAUUCUAUGCAUUAUAGUCGGACUUUUUUCUUGGAAACACGUUCCGUUUGAAGCCAUGCGGCGGAGUAAGACCGAAGUGGACCGCUACGUGUCCUCGGUGCAGAGUUCCUCUCCGUCCCUCAAAGAGAAGCCAGUCAAAGGAUUUUUAUUUGCGAAAUUGUAUUUUGAAGCAAAAGAGUAUGAACUUGCGAAAAGGCAUGUAUCGGAGUAUCUCAAAGUGCAGGAGAGGGAUCCCAAAGCACACAAAUUUCUUGGGCAGCUUUACGAACGAGAGGGAGACAUCAACAAGGCAGUGGGAUGUUACAAGCGAUCAGUGGACUUGAACCCAGCACAGAAAGACUUGGUACUUAAGGUAGCUGAGUUACUAGUCGGUAAGGCAGAAUGUGACAGCAGAGCAGAAUUUUGGGUGGAGAAAGCUGCAAAGCUUUUGCCUGGCAACCCAGCAGUCUUUAACCUGAAGGAGCAAAUGUUGAGUCGUCAGGGCCAGCAGGGCUGGAACCAGUUGUUCGACCUCCUCCACGUGGAGCUUACAGCACGGCCGUCUGAUGCCCAUGUGAAUGUGAAGUUGGUUCAGCUGUUCUGCCAGGACGGGCGUCUAGAAGAGGCUGUUAAGCAUUGCCUGGCUGCAGAAAAAAGGGGCUUGCUACGACACAGCCUGGACUGGUACACUGUGGUGGUGCGGACACUGCAGGAGUAUCUUGCUCAGCCCAGCGUCUCAAGCAAUGAGAAGAUGUCCAGACGUCUCCAGAGAGAAGUGCUGUUGGCACACUGCAACCUACUAAGAAUCACACUCCGUGAGAGCAUUGUUCAACCAAGCCUCGACGCAUUCAGAGGUUUUGACCAAGCUAUGCAGACACUGAGCAGCACUGCCAGUCGCCAUGCAGACGAUCUUUGUGAGGUGUUUGUGGAGAUGAAAGGACACCUCUACCUCCAUGCUGCCACACUGCUGUUGAAGUUUGCUCAGGAUCGGCAACAGACCUGGAGGGCAGUCGUCGACCUGGCUGCUCUGUGCUACCUAAUCGCAUACCAGGUUCCCAGACCAAAGGCAAAAAUGACCAAAAGAGACCAAUCAGCCCCACACCUUCUAGAGUUAUUAGCCAAUGACCGACAGAGUCAGGCUGGGCACAUGUUGCUCAAUCUGAGUUCAGAUCCAUCCGCUUUAAUCAGAGAGGUGGUGGAGGCAUUUGGCAAUCGUAGUGGUCAGGACUCUCUGUUUGAGCUUCUCUGGGGUCCACAGGCCUCUACUGUGUCCUCCUUUAUAGCAAACGAUGACAUUCGCUCUGUGAGCGCUAUGGCUCCGGCGCUCUCUCAGCUGGCCAAAUGUGACACCGGGUCGAUCCUGUUGCACAUGGGUGAUUUGCAACAUCUGAGUUGGUUGGGGCUACAGUGGACUCUUCUGAGUCAAAGGCCUCCUUUGCGUGACUGGCUGAAACAGCUAUUUCCUAGGCUUACACUGGAAACCUCAAAGGUGGACACCAAUGCACCAGAGUCGAUCUGCCUGCUGGAUCUGGAGGUGUUUUUAUAUGGUGUGGUGUUCUGCAGCAACUGUCAGCUUCAGGAAAGAGCGAAGAUCAGCGGCCUCAUGAACCAGCAGCAGCUCUUUGAGCCUCGCUGCCUCCCUCUUCCUCUGCUGCUCCUCUUGAGCACUGACCGACAGAGGGAGUGGUGGGAUGCCAUCUACAGCCUCAUUCACAAACGAGCAGUUCCAGGCACGUCAGCAAAGCUGCGUAUGAUUGUGCAGCACGGACUGAACACCCUGAGGGCCAGAGAGAAACAUGGGCUUCAACCAGCGCUGGCCAUCCACUGGGCUCAGUGUCUCAGUCAAACGGGAGACGGUGUGAACUCGUACUAUGACCAGAAGGAGUACAUCGGCCGCAGUGUCCAUUUCUGGAGAGUUGUUCUCCCUCUGUUGGAGAAAAUCAGAAACAGACGCAGUAUACCAGAACCCCUCGAUCCCCUCUUCAUGCACUUUCCUUCCAAGGAUAUUCAGAUUUCUUCUGUGAAAGGUUAUGAAGAGGAAGCUAAAAUAGUGUAUGCUGUUCUCCUUGACAUUGAAGGCAAAACAGAGGAGGCAAUCGCCACCUUGGAAAGCAUCAAUAACAUGUCGUCCAGCUGGCAUUUAGCACAGAUCUAUCAGCGGCUGUCAGAGGAGGCCAGCAAUGGGGUUGAGGAGACCCAAGACAGGUGUAUCACAUUUUUGAGGAAGUUCAGGACCUAUCUGUUAAAGAUCUACAAUGCCAAUGCCGAAGACAUUGAUAAGCUACCAGUGCCCAUGGAGGAAAUUGUGGAUCUCCUGAAUGACGUAAACCAGCAGCUGGGGGAGAAUGUGCAAGACAUGGAUGAGGAGGACGACAAUGAGGUGGACCAUCCAAGAGGUCUGGCUCACUCCAGCCCCGCUCUCCCCACAGUGACCAGUCCAGCCUUAUCACACAUUAAGUUUUCUACUCCCUCUCCCAACAAGAGCAUCGUCUCUCCUUCUAAAAGACUGAUUUCUCCAAAGACACCACCUCACUGGGUUGAGGACCAAAAAAGCCUCCUCCAGAUGUUGUGUCAGCAAGUUGAAGCCCUCAAGAAUGAGGUUCAUGAUCUGAAACACAACGCCUCAGCGAAUGCAGGCUCUCCUCAUCAUAGGAUGUUUGGGGAAAGCUUCAGGCCAGAGGGUCUGCAGGAACCUUUUACCCCGGUUCAGCCCUACCAGGGAGCCCCCCUAACGGUAGCUACCACAGGUCCCUCUCUGUACUACAACCAGUCUCCAGCUUAUAACUCUCAGUAUCUCCUGCGUCCUGCAGCAAAUGUAACCCCCACCAAGGGCCCAAUGUAUGGCGUGAACCGUAUGCCGCCCCAGCCACAUGUGUAUUCUUACCAGCAGCCCACUCACACCCCUCCACUGCAGACAGCCCCACCCUGUAUCUACCCUCCUCAAGAACAAGGAUUCGGUGCCCCUCUUCGCUUUGAGUCCCCCGCUACUAGUCUCCUUUCACCAUACAGUGAAGAGUAUUAUGGCCAGAGUGUUCCUCAACAGACCACCAACCCCCCCCUGCCUGAACCAGGCUACUUCACCAAGCCAUCUGUAGUUCCUGUCCAACCUCCAAAGAGCAUUGAGGGAAAGCCUGUGGACUUUGGGAAGCUGUCCUUCAGCCAGCAGGCUCCUGCUGAAGUCCCCAGAGUACCGAGUUUUGGUGCUGGGGCGGUUGCCCAAUCAACACCUUCAAAUGCUUUUAAAUUUAACUCCAACUUUAAAUCCAAUGACGGAGACUUUACUUUCUCAGCUUCCCAAUCCAAGCACGGUGAAAGUUUGCUUAGUCUACUCACAGCAGACAUUCCUCCCAAAGCAGACAGUGUUUCAGAGAAGCCCCCGGCCCAGGAGCAACCCCCCAGCCAACCAGGCAUCUUUACCUUUGGCAAUAAAAAUAUUACGAGCUUCUCGUUUGUUGAUCCUGCACCGAACUCAACCAGUGAAAGUCUUUUUGGGAAGGUGGAGCAACCCUUUAAAUUUGGCGACGAUACCAAGUUUGGUGCUGCCAUAUCCACAGCCGAGGAUGGAAGAGCAAUGGAGAGUGACAAUGAUAGCACACAUGCAGAAGAGGAUGAAGAUGGGCCUCACUUUGAGCCCAUUGUACCUCUUCCUGAUAAAGUGGAUGUGAAAACGGGUGAGGAAGAAGAGGAGGAAAUGUUUUGCAACAGGGCAAAGUUGUAUAGGUUUGACACGGAGGCAAAAGAGUGGAAAGAACGUGGAAUUGGCAAUGUUAAAAUCCUUAAACACAACGCUAAAGGGAAGGUCCGCCUCCUGAUGAGAAGGGAACAAGUUCUAAAGAUCUGUGCAAACCACUACAUAACUGCUGAAAUGCUCCUCAAACCAAAUGCAGGUUCUGACAAAUCCUGGGUGUGGAACGCCGUUGACUAUGCAGAUGAAGAACCUAAGACAGAGCAACUAGCCAUCCGCUUCAAAACGGUGGAUGAGGCUUCUCUUUUUAAAGCCAAGUUUGAAGAAGCCCAAAAGAUAUCACUCAAGUUCCCAGAAAAGCAAAAUCCACAAGAGAAGAAAGAGGAAAGCUCAAAAGAUUCAUCAUCACUGGCAGCCAAAUUUGCACUUAAAGAAGGGGAAUGGGAGUGCAGCAUGUGCUGUGUACGAAAUAAGCCCACGGAUGUGCGGUGUGCAGCCUGUCAACAGCCCAAUCCCCAGUCUGCAUCAAAACCAGAAAUUCAGGCUGUUGGUGAAACCAAAGCCAGUCCCUUUUCUUUCAAAUUUGGUACAGAUUCAUCAAAAUCAAGUAGUUCUGGCUCUACAUUUACUGGAUUUGGUGGUUUUGGAGCCACAAUCCCCUCUUCAUUUACAUUUGGCACCAGUUCCUCUACACCCGCUGACACAGGAGCUAGUUCAUUUAGUUUUGGCUUUGGAUCUCAGGUUGCCAAAAAGCCAGACCCAGAGCAGUGGGACUGUAACAAGUGCUCUGCAAAGAACGAGGCUUCUGCGGACAGUUGUGUUUCUUGCAAAGCUUUAAAAACUGCAGCCAAAACUGUCGCAGCACAACCCACGCUAACAGCAGAUGUGCCAGCAUCAGCGCCCUCUGUCUCUGGCAUUGGCUCUUUAAGUGCACAGUUUGGAAAGAAACCAGGACAGUGGGACUGUGGUGUAUGUGAAGUGAGAAAUGAAUCCUCUGCUGAUAAAUGUGCAGCUUGUAACAGCCCAAACCCAACUACAAAACCAAAAGUUGGGGAUUCAGUCGCAUCACAUUUACCAGCUGCAUCAGGAUUUGGGGCCAGGUUUGCCAAGAAAGAUGGCCAGUGGGACUGUGGUGUAUGUGAAGUGAGGAAUGAGUCCUCUGCUGAUAAAUGUGCAGCUUGUAACAGCCCAAACCCAACUACAAAACCAAAAGGUGGGGAUCCAGUUGCAUCUAAUUUACCAUUCGGGGCCAGGUUUGCCAAGAAAGAUGGCCAGUGGGACUGCAAUGCAUGCUUGGUGAGAAAUGAUGCGUCAGCAGCCAAAUGCGUUUCCUGCUCUACCCCCAACGAUAAUCCUUCUUUAGCAGCUAUGUUUGGCAAGAAGGAGGGACAAUGGGAUUGUGAUGUUUGUCUGGUGAGAAAUGAUCCAUCUUCCAAUAAAUGUGUAUCAUGUCAGACUCCCAAUCCGAACGCUAAAAACACAAGCAGCUCUUCUUCCUCAGCCUCGACCUUCAGUUUUAGCUUUGGAGCUAAAGGUUCUUCAGACCAGCCUGCCGGAACUGGAUUCACUAUACCAUUUGGAAGUGGCAGCCCGUUCCAGUUUGGUCAAAGCAAGGAUAAAACCACAGCUGACUCUUUCAAGUUUGAAACUCCUAAGUCUGUAUCUACUAGUACUAGUACAAGUACUACUACUAGUUCUUCAGGGUUCUCUUUUUCAAUGCCCAUUCCAGCUGGCGGCUUUAAGUUUGGCAUUCAAGAGCCCGCGAAGGAUUUGGCCUCAUCUGACAGCCAAACACCAUCAGGGCCAGCUUCCAGUUUUCUUAAAAACAUAGCUGACAAACACAAGGAGAAGGAAAAUGUGUCUAACCCUUCAGACGGCCAAAUAGAACAAGAACAAAAUCCAUUAUUUGAUGGGAAAGACAUGUUCAGUUUUGCCGACUUGGCAAAUACAUCUGGAGAAGACUUCCAGUUUGGUCAGAAAAAUCCUGACUUCAAAGGUUUCUCUCGGGCUGGUGAACAGGUGUUCUCAUCCCUCCAGACACCCACCAAGACACAAGCCUCAAAGGAACAAGAGGAUGACGGCAUGUAUAAAACAGAGGAAAAUGAUGAUAUCCAGUUUGAACCGGUUAUCCAGAUGCCUGACAAGGUGGACGUUGUAACAGGGGAGGAGGAUGAACAGGUUCUGUAUUCUCAGCGUGCCAAACUGUACAGGUUUGACCCCAGCACCAGUCAGUGGAAAGAGCGUGGUGUGGGAAUGCUCAAAUUCCUCAAAAACAGUGCCAACGGUCGGCUAAGGGUGCUCAUGAGAAGAGAGCAGGUCCUGAAGGUUUGUGCUAACCACUGGAUCACCACCACCAUGAACCUUAAGCCACUGGCAGGCUCAGACAAAGCAUGGAUGUGGAUGGCCAAUGAUUUCUCUGAAGGAGAUGCUAAACUGGAGCAGUUGGCUGUCAAAUUUAAAACCACAGAGCUUGCUGAAGAGUUCAAGGAGAAGUUUGAAGCAUGCCAGAGACUUCUCUUAGAUAUCCCCUUACAAACCCCCCACAAGCUGGUCGAUACAGGGAGAACAGCACACCUCAUUCAGAAAGCAGAGGAAAUGAAGUCUGGUUUGAAAGACCUGAAAUCCUUUUUGACAGAUGAGAAAACAAAGAUCAAAGAUGAUGAGCCCCAGGCAGACAGUACAACUCCUGGUGAUAUUUCAAGCUUUGUAAUCAAGCCUCACGGGGAAACCACCGGCCCUACCUUGGAGUGGGAUAACUACGACCUGAGAGAAGAAGCUUUAGAUGAUACAGUUGACUCAUCUGUCUAUGCUUCGCCACUCGCCAGCAGCCCCCUGAGGAAGAACCUCUUCCGCUUUGGGGAGUCCACUGGUGGAUUCAACUUCAGCUUCCAGCCUGGAAUCAGUCCCUCCAAGUCUCCUGCUAAGCUCAACCAAAGCAGAGCCUCAGUCGGCACCGAUGACGAGCAGGACACAACUCAGGAUGAGGAGAGGGAUGGCCAGUACUUUGAGCCUGUUGUUCCAUUGCCUGAUUUGGUGGAUAUUUCUACAGGAGAGGAAAAUGAACAGGUGGUCUUCAGUCACAGAGCCAAACUGUACCGCUACGACAGGGACUUGGGACAGUGGAAGGAGAGGGGUAUUGGAGACCUCAAGAUCUUGCAGAAUUAUGACACCAAACGAGUAAGGCUGAUAAUGAGGAGAGACCAGGUACUUAAGAUCUGUGCCAACCACUGUAUCACUGCAGCCAUGAGCCUGGAACCUAUGAAGGGUGCAGAGAAGGCUUGGGUCUGGAGUGCUAUGGACUUUGCUGAAGAUGGAGAGGGAAAGAUUGAGCAGCUGGCUGUAAGAUUCAAGCUGCAGGACACUGCAAAUGCAUUUAAACAGGCCUUUGAAGAUGCCAAGACUACACAAGAAAAACAAGAGCUUAUGACUCCGGUGACACCUCGACUUGCUACAUCACAGGAUGGUGGAGCAUCUGGAGCUGCAAGUUCUCCAGCCCCCGUCUGCGGCAUAGCAGCUAUUGCUGUUCUGGAAGAAACGACAAGGGAACGUACCGAGCCUUCUCCUGAGAGCAGGCCAUGUGCAGCUGAAUCUCAGAGUCCAGUCAAUCCCACCAAGACUGUGAUGUCUCCCCCCAAGUUUGUCUUUGGGACAGAUGCGCUUCAAAAGAUUUUUGGCUCGCCUAAAUCGCAGUCAGAAACUCUGACAACUGCAUCUGAUUUGAAGGCCAAAGAUUCUGGAUCUGCUCCCAAGGCGUCACCUGCCACUCCUGCAUUCAAUAUGCACACAGGGCUGGACUUUAGGCUUUUCAAAGAUAACCCAAUGGCUUUUUGGACCAGCACACCCACCACCCAAUUUGAACCCCCAGGGUCACCUCAAGCAGCAGGAGGUGAUUCAGGGUGUGAUGACGACUCUGAGGUGGAGAUUGUGUAUAUCAGAGAGCCUACUGCUGAACAAGCUGCUUUAGCCAAGAGACUCCUGCUGCCGCUCACUUUCUUCUGCUACAAAAAUGAACCAGGAUACGUGAGCGACGAUGAAACUGAUGACGAGGAUUACGAGUCAGCUGUGAAAGCCUUGAAUGGAAAGCUUUACCCCGAUCCUCCUGAAGCUGCAGCCUGUGGUGAUGAGCCAGACUGCCAGGUGGUGUGGGAGAAGAAGGCAACGCCGGAAGAAGAGGAAAAGGCAAAGAGCCUCCAGCUUCCGCCUACAUUCUUCUGCGGCUUGAGCACCACAGACAGCGACCCGGACCACGACAAGCCGGAAGACUUUGAGACAGAAGUCCGCAAAGUUCAGCAUGACUUGGUUGCCCAGUUAAACAGAGCUGAGGAGGACUUGAGUACUCCAGCAGAGAUGCCAGAAGACACAGCCGCAGGUCCAUCCAGCAUUGCAGAGGCCGUAUCCAGCAGUGCAGGGCCCGUAUCCAGCGGUGCAGGGCCCGUUUCCAGCGGUGCAGAAGCCGUUUCCAGCGGUGCAGAAGCCGUUUCCAGCAGUGCAGGGGUUGUAUCCAGCAGUGCAGGGGUUGUAUCCAGCAGUGCAGAGGCAGUUUCCAGCGGUGCAGGGGCCGAUUCCAGCAGUGCAGAAGCUGUUUCCAGCAGUUCAGGUGUCGUAUCCAGCAGUGCAGAGGAAGUUUCCAGCGGUGCAGAAGCUGUUUCCAGCGGUGCAGUGACCGUAUCCAGUGGUGCAGAGGUCGUAUCCAGUGGUGCAGAGGUCGUAUCCAGUGGUGCAGUGGUCGUUUCCAGCAGUGCAGUGGUCGUAUCCAGCGGUGUAGAGGUCGUAUCCAGCACGUCUACAGCGGAUACUCAGACUUCAGAUCAUCCGACAGAGACUCGGAGUGAAACUCCCAGCAUCAGUGCUCCUAUUGACCUGUCAACCAAGAAGAGCCCGGAGCCUGUGACCAGCACAGCGGCUGAUGCUGAAGAGUCGACUACUGCAAAAGCUGCCCAGGACUUAUCGUCUUUUGGAUUUAAGUCGGUCGGAGACUUUUCUUUUGCUGACUUGGCCAAGAACACAGACGAAUAUGCAUUUGGAAAACAAGACUCCAAUUUCUCAUGGGCAAAUGCUGGAGCCAUGGUGUUUGGGGGUGCUGUGUCCUCUGAACCCAAAAGCAACGCGGAGGAGGAGCGAAGUGAUGAAGAGGACAAUCUUAACAAUGUGGACAUUCACUUUGAACCCAUAGUGUCGCUGCCUGAGGUGGAAACAAAGUCUGGCGAGGAGGAUGAGGAAAUCCUGUUUAAGGAGCGUACCAAGCUCUACCGCUGGGACCGGGACCUGGGCCAGUGGAAGGAGCGAGGCAUCGGAGACAUUAAGAUCCUCUUCCACCCAAACAAACAUUUCUACCGAAUCCUGAUGAGGAGGGAGCAGGUGCUGAGGGUUUGUGCCAACCACACUAUCACACAGUUAAUGGAUCUCAAACCCAUGAAUUCCUCGGCUAACGCGCUGGUCUGGACUGCCACGGACUACUCAGAUGGUGACGGAGAAGUGGAACAGCUGGCGGCGAGGUUCAAAACCGCUGAGAUAGCAGAAUCCUUCAAGAAGAUUUUCUGCGAGUGUCAGAGUCGCAGUGGCCUAAGUAGCGACGACCCUUUGUGCGUCUUAUCGCCACAGAUGUCCAGAGUCCAGGAACACUCCAGGGAGACCAACCCACGGGUGUUCCUCCACAUUUCUGCUGAUGGCCAGCCUCUGGGCACCGUCACCAUAGAGCUUUUCUCCCACAUUGUUCCCAAGACUGCAGAGAACUUCAGGGCUCUCUGCACCGGUGAGAGAGGCUUUGGGCUGAAGAACUCCAUCUUCCACAGGGUCAUACCAGACUUCAUGUGUCAGGGUGGUGACAUCACCAAGAGCGAUGGCUCAGGUGGAAAGUCCAUCUACGGCAACAUGUUUGAGGAUGAGAACUUUGACGUUCGGCACACAGGCCCGGGGAUCCUGUCGAUGGCUAACCGGGGGCGUGACACCAACAAUUCUCAGUUCUUCAUUACCCUGAAGAAAGCUGAGCACCUGGACUUCAAACACGUGGCUUUUGGUUGGAUUCGGGAUGGCAUGGACGUUGUGCUGCAGAUGGGAGAGCUGGGCACAAAAGGAGGCGCUCCCGCAAAGAAGCUGCUUGUCACGGACUGUGGACAGUUGUAGCUUUUUGAUUUAAUUGAUGUUAAGGUCAACAAAGACUGUGGAUAGCUGUUUUUCCCUGUGCAGUGCACACGCUCCUCCUAAAACUGAACCCUUCAUCACAAGGCUCAGAUUAGAGGACUUCAGGCCCACUGACACUUCUCCCCAGUAGGGUGGAAUUGGAAACCAUUUUAGUGUCCUACUAAGUAGUUGCAUUUGGGAAUACAGUUUAGUUAUUAAAAGUAAGAGGUCUUUAGAGCAAAUGCUAUGUAUCUUUGCUCUUUUGCACUUGCUUCUUAAUCAUCCGUCAUUUUCUCAUGUUUAUUUUGUGUGUAUAAAUUGUACAUGGACUUAUUUUUAACGUUUGUUGUUUUGUCAUGCUUGUUCCUACUUUGAAUGUACCAAUCCUCUUCAGUCCCAUUCUGUCUUUCUCUUUGUGAGGGAGUCUUAAAUGUAGUUUAAAGGCUAGCUUGUUAUCUGAAUGCACCUGCUGGUUCGUAACGAUGGCCUUCGUGUUUUCUCUGGUUACUUUUUACUGGAGCGCACUCCUUUUCUUUCCUGGUUCAGGUUAUCGGACAUCAAACUUGUCCACGUGAACUGAAGUCUUCUCACUGUGUUGCCCUUUGGCUGGAGACUGGCCAGAUGACACAUCUGGCUAGAAUUUUACAAAGGAGAUGCAUUACAUGUAUAGAUUAUCACAUUGAAAUUCAAAUGGUGCUUAAUGUACCAGAAUAUGCCGGUAAUUAAGAAAUAAAGUUGAUUUACAAGUAAUGUGGUGUUUUUGGAUUUUAAGAUACUUGUCAUAUGUGAGAAAAUGUAUGGAAACAUCUGUCCUAGGCCUUAUUCAUAUUAAAUAUGGUGACAGUGGCUAAGUCAUUCAUAAUCUG